GUUGUUCUGGAUCUAAGAAGAGGUGCUGUUGGCCCUGCUAAUUCGCUUGUGGUCGUCAUGCUAACCUAUGAGAAAACACACACACACGAUCCCUUAUGUUCUGCAAGGAAAUAUUUUCCGCGGCCCUUGCGUCCAUCUCGGCGUCGCCCCCACCAACUACAUAUGUAACUCUUCGCUUCCGUUGAUCUAUCAAAGUCAUAUACACAUAUUUAUGUACUUCUGCAACUGAAGGCGGCCAGUAUUGUAACAUGCCAGGACGACAUGUCUAUGAUCGAUGGCGGUUCGACCUACGUCCACAUAUGCGGACCGAAUCAUGCAACAAGCUGUCAAGUCAAAUGUUCAUCCAUCUCUUUCUGAUCUGCUCAUCGGCGAAGAGUAUGCAAGUACAACUCAGGAAUCGAAUAUGAAGUGGCGCUCCAGUGCCGCAGGCAGAAAAAGGGAAAAAAAAAAAAAAAAACGCCGCGCAAACAAAGAAACAAAAAUCUUUUUGCAGGUCAACACGCAUCCUUCUCCGCUGAUUCGAAGAACACUCUGCAAUCGCGCGGAACCCUGUGAUUUCCCUUUACAUAGAACCAUCCCACUCGAUCGACUCCACCGGCACCCCUGCACCCCUUGCAUGCACGACUGGGCGCGCUCUCCCCCCUUCGCGAAUCGUCGAAAUCUUUCCCUCAAAUAUCAUAUAAGAGCUUGCUUCUUUCGUGUCAGCGAGGAUUUCCCAGGCUCACUUGAGAGUUGUUGAUCCGCCGAUCUUCUCUCGUCGCAUCGGCCGAUAGGAUGUGUGGUUACUCUCGGUACAUACACACACUCUCUCCUCUUGGCGCCGUCAAUGAUGGAUGAAUCAAAGACAUUUUUGAAUGGCCAGCGCAAACAAUAUCA